CUUUCCAACUCCCGUUCUUCUUCUUCUUCUCCAAAAAGACCCAAACCAGUUCAUUAAUGGUGGGUCUUUCUUCUCCUAUUAAUACUCCUCAAACUUCACCCAUUAAUCCCACUCACAAAAAUCUCUACUUUUCCAAAAACCCACUAUUCUAAUGGCUAACUCUCACUACUCAACUAAUUCUAGUUAUCUAACUCAUCUUCAUCAUGAAUCAUCUCCUUCAUCAACCUCAGAGCUUGAAAUUGAAGAAUCAUCUGCAAAACUUGAGUUCUCUGAAGAUGAACUGACACUCAUGAUUAGGAUGUUUAAUCUUGUAGGAGAAAGGUGGUCAUUGAUUGCGGGGAGAAUUCCGGGAAGAACUGCUGAGGAAAUUGAAAAGUAUUGGACUUCAAGAUGUUCUAGCAAUGGAUGUUAAACAUGGGUUGUCUUGUUGUAAUAUUAAUGUUUGGGGAUUUCUAUUUAGUUUGUUAUUUUAUCAGGGGCUAUUUUGGUUUUUUGCUCUACUGAUAGUUUGUUAAGUUUUGUUGAAUGAUGCAUGCAUUUUUAAUGUAUUUUAUGGUCUUUCUAAGUUCUAUGUAUUAUAAUCAUAUUAUUAGUUA